CGGUAAGAGGGGAGCGCGAGCGGAUUGGCCGCGGCGGCGUCACGUGACCUAGGCGGGGCCGGGUGUAUUGUGGUGGAGGGGCUCGAGCUUGUCAGGUUUAAUAUCGAAAGUGCAGAGGAAUUGGAAGAGCUGAGAGUAAGAGCAAGGUACGAGUGCUGGAAAAAUAAAUUUGUGAUAAGAACUUAUUUGAGAGAUGUGCUGACCAGAAGAAUCUUUUCUUAGUGGCCCUUAGUAAAACUAGUGCCUUAUAAAAGAUGGGAUUUGGAAGUGACCUGAAAUGUUCCCACGAAGCUUUGCUAAGACUACAAGAUUGGGAGUUACGUCUACUAGAAACAGUGAAGAAGUUUAUGGCUAUGAGAAUAAAAAGUGACAAAGAAUAUGCAUCCACUUUACAGAAUCUUUGUAACCAGGUUGAUAAAGAAAGUACUUCACAAUUGGAUUAUGUUAGUAAUGUAUCUAAGUCAUGGUUGAUUAUAGUGCAGCAAACAGAACAGCUUAGCAGGAUCAUGAAGACACAUGCAGAAGACUUGAAUGCUGGUCCAUUACAUAGGCUUACAAUGAUGAUAAAAGACAAGCAACAAAUUAAGAAGAGUUACAUUGGUGUCCAUCAGCAAAUUGAGGCAGAGAUGUUCAAGGUUACAAAAACAGAAUUGGAAAAAUUAAAGUGUAGUUAUAGGCAGUUAAUUAAAGAAGUCAAUUCUGCCAAAGAAAAGUAUAAAGAAGCCCUUUCAAAAGGAAAGGAAACUGAAAAAGCCAAAGAUCGAUAUGAUAAAGCCACUAUGAAGCUUCACAUGUUGCACAAUCAGUAUGUCUUGGCACUGAAAGGAGCACAACUACAUCAGCAUCAGCACUAUGAUGCCACACUCCCUCUGUUUCUAGAUUCUCUACAGAAGAUGCAAGAAGAAAUGAUUAAAGCACUAAAAGGUAUCCUUGAAGAAUAUAGUCAGAUCACCAGUCUUGUAACAGAAGAAAUAGUGAAUGUUCAUAAAGAGAUCCAGACAUCAGUUGAGCAAUUAGAUCCUAGUUCAGAAUACAGUAGUUUCAUAGAGGUUUAUAGGACACCAGAUGUUGAACAACAAGAAAUAGAAUUUGAUACAUCUUUAUUGGAAGAAAAUGAAAAUCUUCAAGCUAAUGAGAUUAUGUGGAAUAAUUUGACAGCUGAAAGUUUGCAGGCUAUGUUGAAAGCAGUAGUAGAAGACUUGAUUCAGACGCAGCAGACACUUUUAAAUAAGGAGGAGUUAGUUUUGGAACUAGAAAAGAAGAUAGAAGAAUCUUCUAAGAUCUGUGAAAGGAAAUCUGAUGUUGUGCUUCUCUUAAGUCAGAAGCAAGCGUUAGAAGAACUGAAGCAAACUGUUCAACAACUAAGGUGCACUGAAGUUAAGUUUGCAGCACAGAAAGAACUGCUACAGCAAAAAGUUCAAGAAAAUGAUGGGAAGGAGCCCCCACCUGUUGUACAUUAUGAGGAGGAUGCCAGAUCAGUCUCUUCUAUGGAUAAGAAAGAAAAGGUUUCUAGGUUUGAUACCAUUCGGCACUCCAUUGCUGGUAUGAUAAGAUCUCCAAAGUCUAUGUUGGGCUCUUCAUCGGUAAGUGCACAGAAUAAAAUCCCAAACCAUUUUUUAAUGGGGAAGAAAUCGUCCUGCCAGUUCUUUGAUGUGAUAUCAACCACUGAAAAACCCUUGGCAGAUCAAGAUUGGUAUCAUGGUGCAAUUCCAAGAGUAGAAGCUCAAGAGCUAUUAAAACAGCAAGGAGACUUUUUGGUGCGAGAGAGUCAUGGGAAGCCUGGUGAAUAUGUUCUGUCUGUGUUUUCAGAUGGACAAAGGAGACACUUCAUCAUACAGUAUGCUGAUAAUCAAUAUCGAUUUGAAGGAACAGGCUUUUCAACUAUCCCUCAACUUAUAGAACACCAUUACACAACAAAACAAGUGAUCACAAAGAAAUCGGGUGUUGUUCUGCUGAAUCCUGUUGUCAAGGAUAAGAAAUGGAUUCUCAGUCAUGAAGAUGUUACACUGGGAGAAUUACUGGGCAAAGGUAAUUUUGGUGAAGUGUACAAGGGAACGUUAAAAGAUAAAACCCCUGUCGCUGUAAAAACAUGUAAAGAAGACCUUCCUCAGGAACUGAAAAUAAAAUUUUUAUCAGAAGCCAGAAUACUCAAACAAUAUGACCAUCCAAACAUUGUAAAGCUCAUAGGAGUGUGUACGCAAAGGCAACCAAUUUAUAUUGUAAUGGAACUUGUUCCAGGGGGUGAUUUCCUCUCCUUUCUAAGAAAGAAGAAGGAUGAACUAAAAACCAAACAGUUAGUUAAAUUUGCAUUAGAUGUUGCUGCUGGGAUGGCAUAUCUUGAAUCGAAAAAUUGUAUACACAGGGACCUUGCUGCAAGGAACUGUUUAGUAGGGGAGAACAAUGUUCUGAAAAUUAGUGACUUUGGAAUGUCUCGUCAAGAAGAUGAUGGAGUAUAUUCCUCUUCAGGAUUAAAGCAGAUUCCUAUCAAAUGGACUGCUCCAGAAGCUUUGAACUAUGGUCGAUACACUUCUGAAAGUGAUGUAUGGAGUUAUGGAAUCUUCCUCUGGGAGACCUUCAGUUUAGGUGUAUGUCCAUACCCAGGAAUGACUAAUCAGCAAGCAAGGGAACAAGUAGAGAAAGGCUAUCGAAUGUCAGCGCCUCAGAAGUGCCCGGAAGAAAUCUAUAAAAUAAUGCAACGGUGUUGGGAUUACAAUCCUGAAAUGAGACCAAAAUUCAGCGAAAUUCAAAAAGAGCUUUCUGCAUUGAAAAAGAAAGUGUCAUCAUGAGAAAGUAGCAGAUCACAAACUACAGGACUCCUCUCCUUUUCAGAAAAGUAAUAUUUUAUGUCAUGAACACUCUGUAUUUCUACCACAACUCUUUCAGUAUUCUUCUAAGAUUCCUUUUUUUAGAAAAACAAAAAAACUAAACCCUGUUUAAAUGUAUCCGGGCUGGAAAAUGUCAAAGAUACCUAUGUUAAAGAGAGAGUGCUUUACCAAAUGCUUUAUUUCCAAUCACAGUGAUGCUUCAUUUAGGUUCCAUAUAUAGGCAUUGAUAUAUGAGAAAAUCUAAGGAAAUCUCACUGCUUUCUGCUUCUGUGAUAAAAUUAUGACAAUGUUUUAGGGCCAGUUUUUCUGCUUCUGGUUGCAGGUUCUCCCAGCAAUCAUACUGAAAAGUUUUGCUAACUUGUAUACCAUUCCUAUGGAUCUUAAAACUGAAGGCAAAGUUUUAAGUAUUAUCUUGAUUUAAAAUAUUAUAAAGUAUAUUGCUCUGGGGGUAAAAUCUAUUAGAAUCUUGACUAUGCAUGUAUUCUUAUUCUUUUAAAAGUGACACAAUUUAAAGUAUAACUUUAGAAUGAGGAAUGCAUGCACUAGUUUCUUGCUGAUGUUUCAAGACAGUAAACACUUCUGAUAGUAGAAAUUAUUUAUUUCUACUUUUAAAGUAAGAAAAAAAGCACAAUUCUCCAGCAAUCAACAUGCCCAAAUCUAUGUGUAGUCUUAACUUUUAACUACAGGGACAGGGAAAAGGAUAAAUCCAAAGCUGAAUCCAGUGUUGGAUUAGGCAUUCAACAAAAUAAGAAGCUCAACAACAAUAAUAAUUUAUACCCUGGUUUCCACAUGUAAGCAAAACUCUGUGAAGGGUUGGAGGGGGAAAAGAGAGAGGCCGGGCGGGUUAGUGGUCAUGUGAGGAGUAGCAGCCAAUCAAAACUAAGUGCAGAGGGGGUGGGGAGCGGUCCACAGAAGUUUACUUUUUUAAAUUCUGGUCUUUUACUACUGCAGGUCUGAUCUAACAUAAUCAUGGCUAUGGGAAUAAAUCUUAUUAUUUUAAAAGUGACAUCAAUAUAAAAGGUUAACUUUAGAAUGAGGAAUGCGUGCACUAGUUUCUUGCUGACAGUUCAAGACAGUAAACACUUCUGAUAGUAGACAUUGUUCAUUUCCACUUUUAAAGCAAGAAAAAAUACCAUUCUCCAGCAAUUGAUAUGCACAAAUCUAUGUGUGGUCUUAACUUUUAUAUGUAGUGACAGGGAAAAGAAUAAAUCCAAAGCAGAUUCCUAACUUGUGAAAUAGCUGUCGGGAAAUACUGCAGAUGCAUCUGUCUUUCAGAAAGAAGAACUAAGGCACUAUACAGUUAUUUUAGAAUGUGCACAUUUGGAAAUGCUGUCAUCACAAAACAAACUUGUCUGAAAAUAAGAGUGGCACAUAAUGAAAGUAACCAUUAGCAUUGAUUUUGUAUAAGGAAGAGGAAGUGAAUUACCUGAUUGGCCUUUGGAAGCUCUGUGAAUUGUUGUUUCUGUCCUGUAUGCUGCUGAAGAUAGGAAAAGAGAGGAGGAUAUGAUAUGUACACAUGUUUCCAAAGGGAACAUGUAUAUAUAUAACAAGGAAAUGUUAUAUUCCCUAAAUAAUAUCUUGGCACACUAAAGAAGCUACAUAUUUUGCACAUUCAAUAGUAAUCAGUUUCUCAAACUGCAGUCACAUUCUCCUGGCUUUAUUCAAUAGACAUUUCACAUACACAGAAUUACUAGAGGAUGUCAAUAUGUAUGCCAGCUCUGGGCAAAACACAGCAAUUGGAUUAUUUCAUGGUUCUAAUCAGUCAGAGCUCUUGGAUCUGUAGUUAAUCAGUUUUGAUGAAAUUAUUUCAUGGUUGUGCAUAAGAGACAGAAAAAUGGUCACAGUGUAUUAUCAACCUGAUCUCUUCUAACCCAGUAGGGUGAAAUUCUGCCCAAUGAGGAAUCAAAUAGUGUUGUUUUGUACAGUAGCACCAAGAUUUUGGUGAAGACUUGGAUGUUAUUACAUGUUACAUGUUUAGCUGACCCUCCAGACCAGAGCACAUUUGUUCUGCUGUGUGGUUUUGUGGUAGUAAAGUGGUGAUGUCAAGCAAGGUGUUUACUUCUUGUAGUUUAGAGAGGUUGAUGUCAUUAAGGUGAUGAUAAAAUUUAAUGUUGGCAUAAAAUGGUGAAACAUUGCAUCAGAUGGCAUUCUCCAGAUUAGAUGGAGUUAUUAGGGGGUCAAGUGCUCAUGCACAAAGAAUGGUCUAUAGGUCAGAAUCUAGUAUAGAGGCAAAGGGGUUGGGAAGGAAAUGUAAUGUUACAUAUUUUACUCUGGAGUUUUCUUUAUUUCACAGUGGGCACAUGUUGAUCUUAAACAGUUUGUUCAUCACAAAUGGGAAACAUUACUUGAUUACUGUGAUCCUAAAGCGAUCCAAAUGAGUGUGCCUUAAUUCAUUGGCAUUCCUUAGUUCAAAUGCUCAAGGAUGAAAUGCUUUCACCACGUGGAAAACACCACCAAUUUGCCCAGUCCUAGAUCUCCAGCUAUGCAUACACUAAUGUAUAAAUGUAAUGACAAGAAUGUAUUUUCUUUUAUUCACAGUGUUCUUAAUUUUUCUUUUAAGGGUUAAUAUUUUUAUAUAGGAGAGAGUAUACCAUUUCUUAAAAGUCAUUUGAAUGUACUAAUCUGUUUCUUAAUUUGAUUAAAAGGAUACCCUGUCCUAUUCUUUUUGUACAGAUGUAAAGGAUAACUGCUAUUUAUAUGUCAUUUAUGUAAGCAGUUCAAAUUUGCAGUUCAUGUCAGACUGCUGAUCCAAAGCUUUUUUCAAACAUGGAAUACCAGUAGCAUUUAGAGUUUGUUUUGUUCGUCUUCUGUCCUAAAAUUAAGAGUCAGUUCAACUUCAGUUACUGUUUGAGACAUUGUCACAGUUGGUUUGCUCACAUGCAGCAUGUUUGGUGUGUUGGCAGUUAACAAGUAUUUUAUUUUACACUGUCUUACUAACAUGUAACUUCAUAAAGUGCUGCUUCUAUCAUUAGAAACACUUCCAGCUAUGUAUGUUAGGAAGUUAAAUCCUACCAGACAGAUAAAGAUAUGGAUGAUGUAAAGUCAAAACAUUAUUUGAAAAUUGGGCUUUGUUACAAGAUCUGUAUAGUUCUCCUAUUUAAAAAAGAUCAUAAUUUCUCACCCUACUUUGAAGGAACAUGCAGUGUUAAAUUGAGAUAGCAUUUGUCUUCGUGCAUCACCGUAAAUCUCAAUGGGCUUUGGAAUUGCUGAUAGUGUACCUAUCUAGGAAGUCAAUGUGCCUCACUUUACUCAUUUCAUAAUUAAAAGCCAUUUUAAAACAUAUAUGCUAGAUAAAAAGCAGUUUGAACUCAGUGAUUUGAGUCCCUUGGUGUAAUUUCUCAUUUUCAGGAAUUAUGAUUUUUAAAUAAAGUUUAAAAUUAAAAAUUAAAAUUCCAGCCAAAAAUCCCAUCUUGCAAAUUUGAAACCUCAUAUUUUUCAAUCUGCAGUCUGGCAAACCUAUGUGAAAAUAUCAUGUCUGGAAAGAAUAAUCAUCUACUGAUACUCGAAGUUUAGCAACUUUCCAUUUUCUAAAUAUUUGCAAAACAUUACAUCUGUUUGAAGUGUUAGGCAAUUCAUAUAGCGUAUUUACUCAAAUCUAAUGCUCACUUUUUUUUAGCUAAAUUACAUAUCGAAAAGUGUGGUGCACAUUAAAUUUGAUGGCACAUUAGAAUUGUGCACGUAAACCUACCUGCUCCCCUCCAUCAGGCAGAGGCAGGCAAACUCAUCAGCCUCAGCCUGACGGAGGGGCAUGGCUUCCCAACUAGCCUAAUUCACAAGGCCUUCAAAACCUCCCCCUUGGUUUUAAAGGCCUCGUUAAUGAUGCCUUAGUUGGGAAGCGAGUUUUCCUGCCUCAGCCUAAUGGAGGUGCACAUUACACUCAGUGGUGCAUUAUACUUUGGUAAAUAUGGGUAUUUCCCAAAUACAACAAUUUUUAUUCAAAAAAUAUGGAGGUAAAUACUAGAACAGUUCGAUAAAUAACAAAUGGUUAUGAAAUGUCACCAGCCUAUUUAUUGGAAACACAAUUUAAUGCUUAUUGUCAUCUUUUGUUUUAUCAGCUGUUACUAUGUACGCUAGUGACCUUAAUAGCACAAUGUAAGCAAAUUCAGUACAGAACAAACACAGUAAUAACCACAGUGCUUGCUGUUAUUAUAUAUAUUUGCGCUGCUGGUUAAAAUUCUGUAGUCCUCUCUCCUAAAAAAAAAAUAAUAAUACUAAAAAUCGUUUCAACUUCAUCAUUUUUAGUUGGAUUGAGAUUUGGAGAUUGUUUCAGACGUUCAUUAGAAAUACAAUUUUCUUGUUACUAUUUGCAGUGGUUUUCUUCCCGUCCCCCAAACAAAUAAGAUGGGCUGCAGGGUUUUUUGGGGGGGUUUUUUGGAGGGGGGGGAUACAAGGGUGCAAUAUUAGAGCCAAAGUGCAUAUCUCAUAAAUAGUGUGUGUGUCUACACAUGUUUCUUUCAAGGGAAUUAGAUUAUUACUAUUAAUUAGAUUAGAUUAAACUGGCAGAAGACUUUAUGGCAAGUUAUCAUCAUCAUCAUCAUCAUCAUCUGAGAUGUUCGAAGCAGAACAAACCUUCAAUUGUUUUUUCUCUUUAAAGUUUGUCAUCUUCUAGCAUUAUGCAUAAUUGUUCUGAUAGUUCGGGAUUUUCUUUUUUGAGCUUACCAAUUGUCAUGCAGGUCCACCAGCUGCUGCUUUCUUGAAAUCUAAAGCAGAGCCUGAUUGAACCAUUGCCCAGAUACUGCUCUUUCCUCCCUCAGAUGUUAGAAAGUUAGAUCCUGAAUCACUGAAAAAUAUGAAGAACAACAGAAUUCACAGAGUUGAAAGUUACAUCCUUCUCCUUCCCUUUAUAACCUGUCAAUAAUUAUAAACAGGAAGGGAAAAUUAUAGAAGUUGAGCUGUCUUAAAGAGGGGUUAUCAUUCUUCAUAUGGGAAGUUGCUGUUGAAUAAGCACAAGAGUCAGUAGCAUUAAUUUUAUAGAUCCUUAGGUUAGAUUUAAAAAAAUGAAUGUGGAAAUAUAGAGAAAAUAUGCCCGCUCCGAUAUGUAUAUAUAUGGUUGUUAAAAGCAGAUGUAUAAUACAUUGAUUUUGGCAUUGAAUCAUAGGAGGAAAUGACACAAACUGGGGGCAAGAAAUGUACAGCUGCCCAUCUAUGUUUUCAGCUCAUAAAGUUUCCCUUGUACAUAGGAACUGAGUAACUUAAAGGAGGUUCUUUAAAGGAACUUUAAAAUCUGCCAGUAAGAGACUUGGAUAUCUAUAGGAUUUUAAGUUUGAGAAAUUGAUUGAGAAAAAAUAGAUGAACCCACAAAAGAGUUAAUGAAACUGACAGGAAGCUCCUCCAACAACCUUGCUUUGAAUGAACCUUGAGCUUCAGAUAUUAUUAACUUGAUUGUUAAUUGCAAUUGUACUUAAAGUUUAAAAUCAUAAAUCACUGUGAAAUUACACCAUUGAGUGAAAUAAAAGUGCGGUUUCUUGUUACAUAUUGCUCAGAGCUUGGAAAUGCUAUAUUUUAGCCUCUGAUUCCUAGAAUCCCAGUCAGCAUGAUCUCAGGUCAUACUGUUGUGAGGUGUAUCUUUUCCAAGCUCUACGUCUACAUAAAGUAUUAUUUUUCAUAAGAAUGGAUCAAUUGUUUAAGGCAACUAAAUCACAUGAAAAGCAGAGCAAUCAAAAAUGAAAUGGAGGAAAGCUCGCUUAUAAUUGCGAGCAGGUCUACAUCAGUAAUGUAAUUUUAGCUUUGAUUUUAAAACACAACAUAUCACAGUACUAGGAUAUCAUGUACAUGAAGGGGAGGUAGAAAAACCCUGUAAUAAAGUAGCACUCUGCAUGAAAAAAGAACACUUUCCAACCCAACGAAAGGAGGUCACUGCCAUAUUAUUAGUUUACAGAGGAGAGAUUCUUCUUCAAAGAGAGAAAUACAAGAGCAGCCAAUGCAAAAAUAUCAGAUUAGUUGUUUUCCAAUGCAUCAAGGAAUGGCACAGGAAAUUGCAUUUUUCUGAAGGUUUUAUUAAAAAACAAAACUAAAGGAAAACUACAGAGUCCUAGUUAUGUAGACCAAUAAGAUAAACCCAAAAUAGGCGUGUAUAGUAAACCUUCCUUAAAAGUCUAUAUUGGUCUAUACUCUCUGGGGGUUUGAUCCUGUUUGUUAUCCUGAUGCUGUUCUAGUCUUAAUGGCUCUUCAGUUCUAGAAGAACUGAAUCCAAGGAACAUUUUUACAAUAUAAUUCAAUGCCAUCAAAUGCCAUCUGGUCAGACCUUUUAACUUUCUCCACAAAAAUAGAUGGCUCACUCAAGUGCUUUAAAAUGAGUAGUUGCUCUUUUUCGAUUAUUAAGUAAUUACCAUGUGAUUGGACAAGGAUCACCCUUUCCCAUAGAAAGAAUGGCUGAUUUGACAGCCACAAACAAGGUGUUUUUCCAAUUACAUUUUCCUUUCUUGUCUUUGUGUGCUGGUUGUACAAAAUUGGAAACUCACUGGGGCUUGUUUGACAAACCACAGUUUAAGAAUGUUACACAUUUUGCAUAGGGACACUGCAAUAGUUUACAGUUUUCUACUUACAUGUAUUCUGGUGUGGAUGGUUGGUUCUUUUUCCCUUUUCCCUUUUUUUUAAAGUUAGUGCCAAUAUACGCACCAGCAGGUUUAAUAUCAGGUAAAGCACCUUUUAUGCUCUUUGUUGUUUAAAUAUAAUAUAUUUGUGAAACACAUUGGUAAUACAUAACACUGGAAAGGAUGGCAUCUUCCCAAAAAGUGCAGGUGCUUAACAAAGGGAGGAAGGCAGGCUUUGAGUGGCUUUCCUAGCUUUUAACAAGAGUCAGAAUGAUAGCUUAUGUAUACUUACUUAGUUGUCUGUCAUGUGUAAUUUUAACAGAUCUACAUUUUAUCUUUUAUUUAUUUGCAAUUUUUUAUAUUUACAUUUGAACUGAAGAUAACCUUAUUUCACUAUCCUAGCCUAAGAAGGGGCCUUUUCUAUUCUUAGUACAUUUGCAAGUCAAUUUUGAAUGGGAUCUCUCUCUUUGACUGGACCAAUUACCACUAACCAGGUCUGCGAGACCUUUUUUUACUGUAUUCUUUCAAUAAAUGUACAAUGUUUGUAUUGUA